UUUGUAAAGCUUUCCCUAUAUCAAAUCCGAAAUGGUUAACAUUUGGCUUUUCUCACUUCUCUUCCUCAUCUGUAUUCUUCUCGCUGUUUUCAACCACAAGAAGAAACAUGGGCAAUUACCGUCUCCUCCUGGCUUUCCGGUCAUCGGAAACUUACACCAGCUCGGAGAACUACCACACCAGUCUCUAUGGAAACUCUCAAAGAAGUAUGGUCCUGUGAUGCAUUUGAAGCUUGGAAGAGUCCCAACAGUCAUAGUUUCUUCUGCUGAAACAGCAAGACAAGUUCUCAAAGUUCAUGACCUCCAUUGUUGUACCCGUCCAAGCUUGACAGGGCCAAGAGAGCUUUCUUACAACUAUUUGGACAUUGCUUUCUCUCCUUAUGAUGAUUACUGGAAAGAAGUAAGGAAGCUCUGUGUUCAAGAACUCUUUAGUACUAAACAAGUUCACUCGAUUCAACCAAUUAAGGACGAGGAGGUCAAGAAACUGAUCGAUUCAAUUGCGAAAUCAGCUUCUCAGAAGACUACGGUUAACUUGAACAAGAAGUGUCUUGCUUUAACUGUAAGUGUAGUAUGCAGGGCAGCGUUUGGUGUGAGUUUUGAGGGAACUGUGCUCAACAGUGAAAGAUUCAAUAAAAUAGUCCAUGAAGCACUCGAGAUGUUAGGAAGCUUUUCUGCCUCAGAUUUUAUUCCGUAUGUCGGAUGGAUCAUCGAUUGGUUGACGGGUUUGCAAAGCCGGAGAGAGAGAAGCAAGCGAGAUCUCAAUUUGUUCUAUGAACAAAUGUUUGAUCUGCAUAAACAGGGAAAUAAACAAGGGAGUGAAGAUUUUGUGGACUUGCUCUUAAGGUUUGAGAAAGAAGAAGCACUUCUUGGAAAUGAUAAACUCACAAGAAACCAUAUCAAAGCAAUCUUGAUGGACGUUCUUCUCGCGGGAAUAGAUACUUCUGCAAUAACAAUGACAUGGGCAAUGACAGAACUUGCGAGGAAUCCACGAGUGAUGAAAAAAGUUCAAAGUGAAAUCAGAACCCAAAUGGGGAAAAAAGCAAUAAUCAGCAUGGAUGAAAUAGAACAGUUCCAUUACCUGAAAAUGGUGAUCAAAGAAACAUGGAGGCUACAUCCUACAGCACCUCUCCUAGUCCCAAGAGAAGUCACGUCUAAAAUUCAGAUCGACGGCUACACGAUUCCUGUCAAGACUCGGCUUCAUGUGAAUGUUUGGGCUAUCGGGCGUGAUCCCGAGACCUGGAAAGACCCUGAAGUGUUUCUCCCAGAGAGGUUUAUGGAUAAUAACAUUGAUUUUAAAGGACAAAACUUUGAGCUGUUACCAUUUGGGGGCGGCAGGAGAAUCUGUCCUGCAAUUUAUAUGGGGACAACAAUGGUGGAGUUUGGCCUUGCAAAUCUUUUGUAUCAUUUUGACUGGAAGUUACCAGAUGGCAUGGUGGUCGAGGAUAUCGACAUAGAAGAAGCUCCUGGACUCACCGUCAACAAGAAAAACGACCUUGUACUUGUGCCAACCAAGUAUUUAGAUCCUUGCAACUAAGAAGUUCAUCAUAAGCAGUAAAUCACAUGUAAGGACGUCGAACCCGUGGCUGGUGCUUCAUCAGUCCUACAGAGCAUUGGUGUUGCACCAAGACAGAGCAUUAAUGUUGCAUCAAAGCAGAACGACAAGAGAGAAGGCGAAAACAAAGACUUCCAAUGCAAACAAUGAGACCACCGAUACUAACUACCACAAAAAAACCAGACCAAGCAACGAAUCCGAGAACAAUCGAAGCAAUUCAAGCAGCAGAUUAAAGAGACAACCUAGACUAAACCUAUGAGUCGGAAUGAAGCAAGAACGAGAGUCUCGUGGACUGAGAUGGUCAUGACUUAUAAUAACUUAUUGAGUCGGAAUGAAGCAAGAACGAGAGUCUCGUGGACAGAGAUGGUCUCUCUUUAUCUGCUCAGAGUAGAAUGAUUCCAAUUUUUCUUAUGGUGGAAACGUGGGACACAAGAUUGAUUCAAAGUUUCUACGAGAAGGAUGAGAUGUGUUGUUAACUGUGACAGCAGAUGGUGGUCCGGCCGCACAGUUUGAGCAUACGAUUCUUAUUACCACAACUGGUUCAGAAAUUCUAACCAUUUCAUGAACUAUAUCAAGAAGUUACAUCAUUAACCAUUUCAUGAACAAUAUCUAACUUUUUCUUUCUGUCUCCGGUUUCAUCUUAUACAUCAUACAAAUCAAUUAAUUAACUAGGUAAGAAGAUGUGCAUGAUCUUAUAGUAAAAUGUAUACAUUUGAUCAGUUUAUUAUAAGUUUUACUAUAUUUAUAAAGUA